AUGAGUACUACGACGACGAUCAUAGAGAGCUCUCCAAUCCUCUCAGACAGCACUCCUUGGGUCGGCGGCACAGGUCUCGGAAAUGCAAACCUCGGAAAGUCUGGUCGUGUUAUCGAAAAACUUAUGGCCGAAAAUGACAGACUCAAAAGAGAGAUCAAAGCGGAAGCUGCGAAAAGAGAGGAGCUACAACGCACCGCAAAUGCACAGAAGCCUCGACUAGAAGCUUUUCAAGCCGAGAACGCACGUCUCUCGCAUUGUAAAGCAGUGGACGAGAGCGUGAUCAAGCGACGGGACCGCAAAAUCGAGGAUCUCAAGGCCGAGCUCGACAUUGAGCGACAGAAGAGAGAGUCCUUGGAGCACCGAGUUCAGGAAGCCGAACGAAAGAUGGGCGAGUACCAAGAGCACAGCAACAAAGAAGUCCAACAGGCUGUCGAAGAAGCCAAACACGCAACUACACACGCCUCGAUCCUUGAAACAUCACACCGUCAACUAUCGUCCGAAUACCGACAGCGUAUCGCAGCGGCUAACAAACAACUACGAGAGCUGAGCGACGAUAGAGAAGAAGACCGAAAACGUCUCAUCAAACUGGACGUUGUCAAUCAUCAGAUGCGUCAAGAGUCCGAGAAAGCGAGAAAGCUGUACCACGAACUGGUGACAGCAUCGGACAAAUACAAAGCAGAGAAAGAUUCUGAGGUUGAUCUUGUCCUUGGAGACGUCAAAGCGCUCAAGGGAGGCAUCAGUCACCGCGAGCUGGAACUGGAGACGACGCUGCAGGAGAUGCACGAGGUCAUGAAUCGCAUGAAGUGGCUCAUGAACAUGCAGAAAGUCAACAGCGAGAACGGUGUAAACUCACCUCCACCAUCGCCACCUUCUUGA